AUGUAUCCUCCUCACACUGGAGUUGAAAUGACUGUUGUGAUAUAUGAUUGUUUGAAAGAAUGGAACUUAGAUAAGAAGGUAUUUUGUAUCACUUUGGAUAAUGUCACCUCUAAUGAUAGCUUGCAAACUAUUUUGAAAGGUUAUCUUAAUUUACAAAAUACUUCGCUAUGUGAUGGUGAGUUCUUCCAUGUACGCUGUUGUGCUCAUAUUUUGAAUUUGAUUGUUCAAGAGGGUUUAAAGGCAGCCAGUGAUUCCUUGUUUGCAAUUAGAGAAAGUGUUAAGCAUGUUAGAGGAUCAGAUGGAAGAAAACAAAAAUUUGAGCAGUGUGUUAAACAGGUUGAAAUUGAUAUUAAUGUUGGUUUACGGUUAGAUGUAUCAACUAGAUGGAAUUUGACAUAUUUAAUGCUUGAAAGUGCUUUCCCAUAUGAAAAGGUUUUUGCUUGUUUACAUUUACAUGAUAGAACUUAUGUUUAUCGUCCUACACUUGAUCAAUGGAGAAGGGCUGAAAAAAUAUGUGAAGUCUUAGAGCCAUUUAAUGAGAUAACAAAUUUGCUUUCUGGUUCAGGUUAUCCAACUUUCAACUUGUACUUUAUGAAAAUCUAG